CACAAUGUUGACUGGGUCGGGUUCUGUGUCUUAUAAAGUUAAAUGUCAUUAUUCUGUUAUCAAGGACAAAAACAUCACUUGUGCUGGUGUCUGUUCGUACAUGAGGAAUUAUACGUAGUUAUGUUUAAACGAUGUUACGCAGAUUAUGUAGAAUUUAUUAAAAAUCUUUGUUGUUGUUGUUGUUACACUGCUAUAUAUGACAGCCAAUCAUUAUAUUAUACCCUUUUUCUCACAAAGGCGGUUUAUUCCGUUUACUAAAGACUCUCCUUCAUUGACUUACUUUGAAGAAAACGGCCUCUGGUCUCCUUGUGUUUUUUUUUUUUUUGCUAAGCUUAAAGGCAUCCCUAAAUGGGGCUUUGACUAAGCACCCCUCCACCCACCGUCCGACCCUAGCAACGCCCCAGGCCGCGUGUAAACCAAAGCGACUUUGACUGACAGCAGGCAGAACACGCCCACAUGCGCGUGCUCGACUUUACCUGGAGGUCGCGCGCUUGUCGUCAGAGUCCGUCAUUGUGAAGAUGUUACCGGUGAGUUCACACGCGCAUCAGGUGAUCAGCUGUCCUGAGAUAUGGAGACCGUGGGAUAUUUCAAUGAGACAGACACAUUUUAAUAAAAUGACAUCUGGACGCCUAAGCAGAGUCGAUCGACCCGAAGAAGCUUUCCAGCAUCCAGUGAGGCUGUUCCUGCCCAGAUCCAGAAUGCCGGAAUAUCUGUCUCAUCUCGGCAAGAAGGUUUUGGCCAGUUUUCCAGUUCAGGCAACGCUACACUUUUACAAUGACGAAGACUCUGUCUCCGAGGAUGAAAGCGACGACACAGACGAGUCUCGUUCAGGUGAUUAAAGUCACAGCGAAUAAAGACUCAGAACUUCUGUCCAUGAUCUGCAACAUGAGCUGACAUAAAGGGAGUGAACCAUACAGCUUUCAGGAAGUCCAUCAGUGUUUAGGAAACAUGCACGUUACAGGAAACAGUGCUGAUCCAUGGAGAACACAGACAAGAUGAACAUAACCUGAGAUGGGCAAAGAUACAGAACAACAGGUCCGGUCAUGAGGCUCUGUACUGACCUUUGACCUGAGAAAGACCGUUAUUCACUGCAUCAUGUCAUCUUCUUAGCUUUCAUCUUUAUGUUUUGUUGUUUGUUUAAACGUGGUGCCCAUUAUGACAGCAUAUUAUUAUUAUAUGAUAACAAUGUGAUGAUUUAUCUGAUAGUAUUCUGAUUAUUUGUGUGAUAUUGCUAAAAUUAUUGUACAGUUGCAU